AAUAAAUAAAAUUUGAAGAGAUAAAAAAUGUCGUCGACGAACGUGUUCGGCAAACCCAUCACGGCGGCCGAAUACCCGGAGAGGGAGGCGAGAGCGAGCGCCGCCUACGGGCAGAUCGACGCGGACGAGAAGAAGACGCAGGUGAAGGACUACGUGAGGAAGCUGAAGGAGUCCUACGGCGACGGAGUGUCCGUUCUGGCGAUGGUGUACAACGCCACCGGGGAGUCCAUCCACUUCUCCACCUCCAAAGACUGGUACGGCAAGCUCUACACCGACGGCGGGUCCUCGUACCCGAAGAUCAUCCAGAACGGGCAGUGGGGCGGCUUCCUGCACAUCAAGAGCCCCGUGGUGGCCACCGGGUCCGAAGCCGCCGUCGUGUACCGCGCGAAGCCCAACGCGGCGGGUGACGGGGCGGACGUCGUCGUAGCCUGGGACGACUCGUGGGCCCCGGGGUCCAACAACCGGGUGUACACAGAGAUAGGGGAGGCGGGGAAGUUUGCGGAUUCGGCGUGGGACGAGAUAAAGAAGAAGAUAGGUUCGAAGUCGGGUUCGGAGAGCAGCUUCGGGAUGGGGCUCUACUCCACCGUUUCCAUUGCGCAGGACAGCUCCCCCUUCUUUGAGGCUGUUCUCGCUUCCUCCUGAUCCAAUAAUCCUUCCAUAAUCCUUUUAUCAUGGGUGGCCUGGGUGUACAAAGUGGCCAACCGCACAGAGCUCUUAAAAUUUUAGGAUCCCGUAUUUUUAAAUUUGUUAAUAAUUUUGAAGCAAAAGUAUUCUAAAGUAAUAAAAUAAUACCUCCGUCCCAUUUUAUAACGCCUGUUUCGGUUUACGAUGUUUCACUGAAAUUAUUUUCAAACCAUUUUAUAUGACAAAUGGUAUAGAAUUAAAAACUAAAAAUUACACAUUAAAAAACUACAUCAAAAGAUCUAUAAAACUAGUAGUGACAAUGAUAUUUUAUUUUAUCAAAUUGCUAACGAAAAUAGAGAAAGAAAGUAAAUGAAGUUUGACCAUGUGA